CCUCCGCACAACCGCGUCGCUUCCACCACACAGGAGAUCCCCUGCGCCCGCCCCCACAUCCCUGUAGCCGCCCCUGUUGCCGGCGAGAGCCCCUCCCUCCCCCGAUCCCGAUCCCCUGCCGCCACCCAGCCCGCAGCCAUGUCGCCGUCGGAGCCGACGCGGGAGGAGAGCGUGUACAUGGCGAAGCUGGCGGAGCAGGCUGAGCGGUACGAGGAGAUGGUGGAGUUCAUGGAGCGCGUGGCCCGGUCUGCGGGAGGGGCCGGAGGCGGGGAGGAGCUCUCCGUCGAGGAGCGCAACCUGCUGUCCGUCGCGUACAAGAACGUCAUCGGCGCCCGCAGGGCCUCGUGGCGGAUCAUCUCCUCCAUCGAGCAGAAGGAGGAGGGCCGCGGGAACGAGGCCCACGCCGCCUCCAUCCGCGCCUACCGCUCCAAGAUCGAGGCCGAGCUCGCACGCAUCUGCGACGGCAUCCUCGCGCUCCUCGACUCCCACCUCGUCCCCUCCGCCGGCGCCGCCGAGUCCAAGGUCUUCUACCUCAAGAUGAAGGGCGACUACCACAGGUACCUUGCUGAGUUCAAGUCAGGUGCGGAGAGGAAGGAAGCUGCAGAGAGCACCAUGAAUGCUUACAAAGCUGCCCAGGAUAUUGCUCUGGCAGAUCUGGCUCCUACCCAUCCCAUCAGGCUUGGUCUCGCGCUUAACUUCUCAGUGUUCUACUAUGAGAUCCUGAACUCCCCUGACCGUGCUUGCAACCUCGCUAAGCAGGCUUUUGACGAGGCCAUCUCUGAGCUAGACAGUCUGGGUGAGGAGUCCUACAAGGACAGCACUCUGAUCAUGCCUCUGCGUGACAACCUGACCCUAUGGACAUCUGACACCAAUGAGGAUGGCGGUGAUGAGAUCAAGGAAGCUGCUGCCCCGAAGGAAUCCGGAGAGGGUCAGUAAGAUGGAUCCAAGCUCCCGACCUGGUGCAUCCGCUGAUGUUUGGGAGUGAUCCGAGCCAAUGUUCCUGGAUUUCGAUAGCUAUCCCCUAGUAUACGUACCUCCAACGUCGUCAUCACUGGACGAUGCUGCAUUGUUGCUGUUUAAUUACGUACCUUAGAUGUUUGUUGUUGCACGCUUUUGUUUCUGUUUUAAGUCCGAUAAAAUGAUGGCUGGAUGCUGGUUUUCAUGCUCCAAUCUGGCCACCAUGGGGAAAAACCUGCUCUCAUGUUGCAGUGUUGUUAGAAUGAUUGCAUAUGUUACUUGACGUAUGGAGUAUUUGACAGGCCUGCUGCCAAGUAGUAUUUUGUUGAGAUGGCUUUGCAA